GAGUUGGCCACGCAGUUUUGGGCAUAUAAAAGCCAUUGGAGAUCACCGCAUCCACAGCACACAUCUUUCGUUGAGCGCAGUCUAAACACUUGAAAUCAUGAAAUUCCUGAUCAUUGCCAUCGCCUUCCUGGCCUGCGCCUUCGCCGAUGUCUCGGAGCUAUCUGGCUACGACUACCAGCAGCCAGCUCCUGCUCCCGUGGAAACCUACAUCCCACCAGCACCUCUCCCAGUUGCUCCCGUCGAGACCUACAUCCCACCUGCACCACCUGUACCCGAGUACAUCCCGCCCGCUCCUGUCCAGGCGGAGGAGCCCAUCAUCGAGGAGAUCGAGCAGCCCGCCCAGGACGGAUAUCGCUACAAGACCGUCCGCCGCCGCGUCUUCCGCCACCGCAACUAAGUUGAAUGCCAUUUGUUAUUGUUGAUUUGUUGACUCGAGUGCGAUUGUGGAAUACCAUCUUCAGAAAUUCACUUGCAGAGUAAAUAACUGAAAAAUUAUGCAUUGUCUUGUACUUCUUUGGUCGUUGUCAAAGUUUAGUUAACAGGAAAAUAUACCGCCACCUUGAUACUUAUACAAAAA